AUGAGCUUCUCAACUGAGAUUCCGAUACCAUUGCUCGUCAAUGAGGGCACCAAAGAUAGCAACCAUCAAAGCCACGAUAGCGUAUUCAAUGAAGGUGCCUGCUACACGGCUUUAGACUGUAGCAUCUCUACAACCACGACAACCACCGAAUCCGAGGAAAGAGAGGAGCAUUCCACAGCACCCUAUAGCUUUGAUGUUGAGCAUCCUAGUGAGCUUGAAUUACCCCAUGUCUAUGCUCGAGACUUUGCCUAUCCUGAAGGAACCUCAUUGCAUUAUGGCAUUGUCGACCAAAAGCAGCAGCAUCAGCAGCAACGGCGGGAUUCUCAAGUGUCUCUCUCAUCACCCGAUUUUACUGGUUGCCAGGCACGCGCCCUUUACGAUUUUGUACCUGAGACUGAGUACGAAAUUGGCAUGAAUGAGGGCGACAUUGUAUGGGUGCAAUAUCGGCAAUGCCCUGGUUGGCUCGUCGCUGAUGUGCAAAACGAAACGGGUCUCGUUCCUGAGUCAUACGUUGAUUUACUAUGA